UGGCCCAGGAUUACAGCACAGUCAGAGAUGGAAGCCUAUGUCUUUCUCCUGCUCAGGAAAACCUGCAUGGGACACCAUUUACUGCUGCUGAGGUGUAAGAAUUGCUUCCAUACACUGUGGAAUGAAAUUUGAGUAGAGGUUUAGUAUGCUGAUUAAUUUCUGUCACUGAUAAUCCUUCCUGUUCUGGCCUGUGAAGCAUCAGGUGGUGAGUACUGUUAAAUGCAACUUGUAUAGUGAACAAGGUCUGUCUCUUUAUUUUUUUUUUGUAACUGAUGUCAACAGAUAAAAUGGAGGAUAAUGUCUGGUCUGAAGCUGAAAAUGUGCAAAACAUUUUCAGGUAUUUAUAACCUAAUACUGUAACUGGCCACGCUUGGUACAAACCUACUGUGUGUUGUUGUGUAUGUCUGUGUUCAAGCCAAGUGCUCCCGCUGCCACUGUUAAAUUGGAAGGACUCAAGAGAGCCAGCAGGAUGAAGGUGAAAUGGACCCAGCUGAGUGUAGCGUUCUUCCUUACUCUGUCACUGGUGAUGACAGGAUGCUUCUUCUGGCAAUAUCAGCUGCCAAAGGCUCUGCCAGAUGAAAUAAUGGGUCCCAAUGCCAAAUCAGAGCUGAUGUGUCCUCGCUUCCCAGAGACCCUCCCACUGGAGCAUCCUCUCCCCAGACUGAAAGAGGCCCUGGAAAAGGUGGACGUUUUGCUUCGGCAGAGCAUAAACCCCAUCAGCCUCCCUGCUCUGUCUGCCAUUGUGAUUUUAAAUGAUACCGUUCUGUGGACUGGCAACUUUGGAAAGAGAAAUGGCAGUGACCCUGUCUCGGGACCACCGAAUGAGUACACAAUCUACAGAAUUGCCAGCCUCUCCAAAAUCUUCCCAACACUGAUGCUGUACAAACUGUGGGAGGAUGGCAAGAUUGGCUCCCUAGAUGACCCUCUGGAGAAAUAUGUGGAGAACUUCACCAUUAAAAAUCCUCUGGGGAAGACGCAAGACUCACAGCUAAAAUAUGUGACAGAUGGUUUGAUAUUUCUGGAUAGCGGGGAAGUUCAGAUCCGCUCGUCCUCGGUCACCCUGCGCAGGAUGGCCAGCCAGCUCUCAGGCCUGCCCAGGAGACUUCGGGCCACAAAUCUGCUUUGGAAAGGAAAAACGCAGUCUGCUGUCAAUCUGCUCCAAGAUGAUGUCCUCGUCGCAGACCCAGGGACCAAAUGUCACUACAGCAACCUUGCCUUCUCUCUGCUGGCUCAUGUGAUGGCUGAGAAAGUGGCUGGCGUUAACUACCAGCGCUGGAUCACAGACAACAUCCUGGACCAGCUGGGGAUGGAGGACACCGGCUUUGACAUCACCCCAGGGAUCCAGACUCAGAUGGCUGUAGGAGUGUACUCCAAUGGAAAACCAGCCCCACUCUAUGAUCUGGGCUGGUACCGGCCUUCGGGUCAGAUGUUUUCCACAGCAGCAGACUUAGCCAAGCUUGCCAUGAUGCUGCUGGGAGCUUACCGCCGCAAGCUGCUGGAGCCAGACUCAUUGAAAAUUAUGCUGACCCCACUCUUCAGAUGUGGUAAGGACUACUUUGCCAACCGCACUGGGACACCGUGGGAGGUGAAUGACCUGAUGGGUUAUGAGAUAUUGCGUAAAGAUGGCGAUCUGGAUGGUUACGCGGCCACCUUCUCCCUGGUGCCCAGACUGAAGCUCGGUCUAGUGGUGCUCAUGACUGGCAGCCGAUCUCAGAGUAAGGAUGUGGUCACCAACGCCUAUAACCUCAUCAUCCCAGCCAUAGAAAAAGCCUUCAGGGAGGCAAAGAAGGUCCUCUUUGCUCCCCCAAACCCAGAUCCUUACAUCGGCUUUUUCACUUACAGCAACAUCACCUUCUAUGAGAUCAAAGUUGGGCCAGAUGGUGUUCUGAUCAUGCAACAGUUUGGGCCUCAGAUUGAAGAGCUGGUCCCAGAGAAAUACAGAACCAUUAAGCUCAACUAUCUGGUCAACCGGGUGUUCAAAGUAGUGUUUGAAAAAGAGUACCCUUGUGUCUUGCAAGUUGGCACAGCGUCAGUGUCCCUGGAAGCCCAAGAUGGGCAAUUAUUUAACUUCUACACAUUUGACAAGAAGGGGUUAUCUCCUGGUUUUGACGCACCAGGUCUGAACACGUAUAACGUGGUGAGAAUACCCCAUAGGCCAGCCUUCUCAAGCUGAACUGCUGCAAUGCUGUGGAGUAAAGACAAAUGGUGUCUUUGGGAAUGGUGAGGGACUUUAAACAGACUGAGGCUAAGAAAAUGAAAAGACCAAAUUGAAAAGAUGGGGCUCAUUCUGGAGGUCAGAUUAAUUUCCAGAGAGCACAGAGAGGAACAGUGUGUUCAGCUUUUUAAUGUCCUGCACUGAAACUGAAUUCUUUCUUCUUCUGAGUGAUGAGCUUUACUGUCCACAGGUCCUUCAUUACACAUCUAACCUGAACAUUCAUAUUGUCAUAAUACAGCUCAUUGUGUUCUUCCUACCUUCUUUUAAAUUACCCUCUCACUGUACUGAGCUGCAGUGU